GGUGACGGCAUCACUAGAGGAGGGCCCCUGGUAAAGUCCCAGGCCAGGCCUCUGUGUUCCUCAGCAGAACCUGGAACCCACGUUGCCUGGGAACCCCGUUUUGUUAUGGAAUCCUGCGCAUUUGAACCAGCCUUGUGAAGGGAGGCGUUCAAGGAUAUUUGGUCGGAUCGUCCGACGGCGCUAAAUGCUUUUUUUUCCGAGUGGACCAGGUCGGCUGCUAAACUCACCGCGAUGUCGUCCUGGUUUGGGGGCCUCGGCUCCAGAUGGGGCCAGUCUCUGGGUCAAGUCAGAGGCAGCCUGGGUUCCCUCGCUGGCCAGAUUUCAAACUUUACAAAGUGUAUACUGACUGGGGGUACGGAGGAAGUGGAAGCAGAAUUACAUGAUUUUAUGACAAAGGAAAUUGAAGCCAUUCAUGAAAUCUUGAAAUUAGAGAAUAAAAGGCAUAAGAAACUUUGUAUUUCUUACAUGAAGAGAAACAUGAAGCAUCAGAGCUUCAAACGAAAACAGCAAUCUACAAGUUACCAAAAUCAACUUCAACAAAAAGAGGUAAAAAUCCACCAUCUUAAAGCCAGACAUACUGUGUUUCAGGACCAGAUGCUGAAACUGCAGUUGGCUGCUCAGUCAGUACCUUCAGGAGCUGGCGGUGUACCAGCAACCACUGCAUCUUCUUUCGCUUAUGGGAUUAGUCAUCAACCUUCAGCUUUCCAUGAUGAUGACAUGGACUUUAAUGAUAUAAUUUUGUCCCGACAAGAAAUAAACCAACUCCCAACUGACGUUUCAAGACUUGAGUCUGAAGUUGUCUAUGAAGAACAAAUUGAAGAACUCACAAAUCUGUUACAACAAGGUGGCCUUGGAGCUACAGAAACCGAUCACUCUAAAAUCUAUGAGAUGCAAAAAACUAUUCAAUUUCUACAAGCAGAAAAAGUGGAGUCUACCAAAAAAAUUGAAGAACUUGAGGAUAAAAUAAAAGAUAUGAAUAAAACAUUAUCUUCUGCAGAAAAAGAUAGAGAUAUGUUGAGGAAACAACAAAAACAGCUAAAUGUGGAAAAGAGACAAAUAAUAGAAGAAUGUGAAAACUUGGAGUGUAGUGAAUUGCAGCCCUAUGGUAUGAAGCAAAGUGAUACUGUGACAGAAAAAGAAAGAAUUAUUGCACAGAGUGCAUCAAUGGAAGAAGUGUUCAGACUACAACAAACACUGUCUGAUGCCAAAAAUGAAAUAAUGAGAUUGAAUAGUUUAAACCAGGAUAACAGUCUUGUUGAAGACAAUCUGAAACUUAAAAUGCAUAUUGAAGACCUAGAAAAAGAGAAGUCAUUACUGAGUCAAGAAAAAGAAGAACUUCAGAUAUCACUUUUAAAAUCAAACAAUGAAUAUGAACUACUUAAAAGUACAGCUACAAGAGACAUAAGUUUGGAUUCAGAAUUAUAUAAUUUAAGACUUAAUUUGGAAGCAAAGGAACAAGAACUCAAUCGGAGUAUUAGUGAAAAGAAAAUCCUGAUAGCUAAGAUAGAAAAAUUGGACAGACAGAAUCAAGAUGCUAAGAUGCACAUGCUUUUGAUAAAAGAUCAGCUAUCAAAACAACAAAAUGAAGGAGAUAACAUCAUCAGUAAACUGAAACAAGAUCUAAAUGAUGAAAAAAAGAAAGUCCAUCAACUUGAAGUUGAUAAAAUGGACAUUACUGAAGAGUUAUAUGUACAAAAAGAAACAUUACUUCAAAGUGAAGUGGCCCUAAAUGAUUUACAUUUAACCAAGCAGAAACUUGAGGAAAAAAUAGAAGAUUUAGUAGAUCAGCUAAAUAAAUCACAAAAAAGUAAUGUAAGCAUCCGGAAGGAGAAUGUGGAACUUAAAGAGCAUAUUAGACAAAAUGACGAGGAGCUUUCUAGAGUCAGGAAUGAGUUAACUCACUCUUUAAACCAAGACUCUAAUAGUAAUUUCAAGGACAACUUAAUUAAAGAAAAAGAAGCCAGAGUUAGAAACUUAAAGCGAAGUCUUUCAGAAUUAGAGCAGCUCAAUGAAAAUUUAAAGAAAGUUGCUUUUAAUGUCAAAAUGGAAAAUGAAAGGUUAGUUUCAGCAUGUGAAGAUGUGAGGCGUCAGCUGGAAGAAUAUAUUGCUAAUAGCAAUCAGCUUUCUCUUGAAAAAAACACCAUUGUGGAGUCUCUAAAAAUGGAAAAAGGAGAGAUAGAAGCAGAAUUGUGUCAGGCUAAAAAGGAGCUACUGGAAGAAGCAAACAAGCAUGAGAAAACCAUUGAAGAAUUGUCAAAUGCAUGUAACUUGAAUACCUCUGCCUUGCAGCUGGAACAUAAGCAUUUAAUUAAACGCAAUCAAAAGAAAGACAUUGAAAUAGCAGAACUCAAAAAGAAUAUUGGACAAAUGGAUACUGAUCAUAAAGAAAUUAAGGACAUUUUAUCGUCUAGUCUAGAAGAGCAGAAGCAAAUGACACAACUUUUAAAUGAGAAAGAAAUUUUUACUGAAAAUCUUCAAGAAAAAAGUUCAAAGUUGCAGGAGGAAUUGGAUAAAUAUUCUCAGGCCUUAAGAAAACAUGGAAUUUUAAGACAGACCAUAAGGGAAAGGGACAGAAGUCCUGGAUCCAUGAAAGAAGAAAAUAAUCAUCUGCAAGAAAAACUGGAACGGCUCGGGGAACAGCAGAGUCAAACUGCACGUGUGGCUGAUCCAAAAACCCUUGAUAGUGUUACUGAACUAGAAUCUGAGGUAUCUCAACUGAACAUGAUCAAGGAUCAUCUUGAAGAGGAAACUGAACACUAUUCAAAGAUAACUGAAGAUCAAAACCAGAGUAAGAUGCAACUACUUCAGUCUUUACAAAAGCAGAAGGACAUGGAUGAGUUGAGACACCAGCAUGAACAAUGGAACGCCACGCACAGCCAGCUCUGUUUAGAGAACAGUGAGGAAGUUAAGUGUUUGCAAAAAACAAUUGAACCAAUCAAAACCCAGUUUUAUGAAGAAAAGCAGAAGAUUCAAACAGAUAGCUCUGAUGUUUUUCAAGAAACCAAAGUUCAGAGCCUUAAUAUAAAAAAAGGAAGUGAGCAUGAUUUAUCCAAAGCUGAAAUGGAAAGAUUAGUGAAAGGAAUCAAAGAGCGAGAACUGGAGAUUAAACUUAUAAAUGAAAAGAAUAUAGCUUUAACUAAACAGAUUGAUCAGUUGUCCAAACAUGAAGUUGGUAAACUAACUCAGAUCAUUCAGCAGAAAGAUUUGGAGAUACAAGCUCUUCAGGCUAGAAUGCCUUUAACUUCCUAUACUCAAGACGUUGUUUACCUUCAACAGCAACUGCAGGCCUAUGCUAUGGAAAGAGAACAGCUAUUCACUGUUUUGAAUGAGAAGGCUAGGGAAAAUAGCCAUCUAAAAAGAGAAUAUCACAAAAUGAUGGAUAUCAUUGCUGCCAAAGAAACAGCUCUCAUCAAACUGCAAGAUGAAAAUAAAAAAUUGUCCACUAGAUUUGAAAGUAGUGGCCAAGAUAUGUUUAGAGAAACUCUUCAGAAUUUAUCACGUCUCAUUCGAGAGAAAGACAUCGAAAUAGAGGCACUAAGUCAAAAAUGUCAGACCUUAUUGGCAGUUUUACAAACAUCCAGCACUGGUAAUGAGGUUGGAGGUGUUAAUAGUAAUCAAUUUGAGGAGCUCUUACAGGAACGUGACAAGUUAAAACAGCAAGUAAAGAAAAUGGAAGAGUGGAAACAGCAGGUGAUGACCACAGUACAAAAUAUGCAACAUGAGUCCGCCCAGCUUCAGGAAGAACUUCACCAACUUCAGGCACAAGUUUUGGUUGACAGUGAUAAUAAUUCUAAAUUACAAGUGGACUAUACUGGCCUGAUCCAAAGUUAUGAGCAGAACGAAACCAAACUCAAAAAUUUGAGGCAGGAAUUAGCACAAGUUCAGCACAGCAUUGGGAAGCUUUGCAAUACCAAGGAUCUUCUUUUAGGAAAACUUGGUAUUAUUUCACGCCAGCUGUCUUCAGCAUCAUUGCUGACUUCCCAGUCAGCAGAGUCUCUUAGAGCAAGUAAGUCUGCUGUAUUGAAUGAAUCUUCUGAAUUGCUACAGCAAGAGCUAGAAGAGCUCAGAAAAUCACUACAGGAAAAAGAUGCAACAAUUAGAACACUCCAGGCAAAUAAUCAGAGAUUGUCUGAUUCAAUUGCUGCCACCUCAGAGCUAGAAAGAAAAGAACACCAAAAAACCGAUUCACAAAUUAAGCAGCUAAAGGAGAAACAAGAUGUUUUGCAAAAGUUACUUAAAGGAAAAGACAUCUUAAUCAAAGCCAAAAGUGAUCAAUUACUUUCUUCCAAUGAAAAUUUCACUAACAAAGUAAAUGAAAACAAACUUUUGAGACAGGAAGUAACAAACCUGAAGGAAAGAAUAUUAAUUCUAGAGACGGACAUUGGCAAACUAAAAGGAGAAAAUGAAAAAAUAGUAGAAACGUCCAGAGAAAAGGAAACAGAAUAUCAAGCCUUGCAAGAGACUAACAUGAAAUUUUCUAUGAUGCUGCAAGAAAAAGAGUUUGAGUGCCAUUCAAUGAAGGAGAAGGCUCUUGCUUUUGAAGAGCUAUUGAAAGAAAAAGAACAGGGCAAGAUUGGAGAGUUAAAUCAGCUUGUAAAUGCAGUUAAAUCAAUGCAGGAGAAGAUAGUUGUGUUUCAACAGGAGAGAGACCAAGUCAUGUUGUCCCUGAAACAAAAGCAAAUGGAAAACACUGCCCUACAGAAUGAGGUUCAGCGUUUAUGUGACAACAAAUUUCAGUCAAACCAGGAGCUAGAGAGAUUGCAUAAUCAUCUUCUAGAAUCAGAAGAUUCUUAUACCCAUGAGGCUUUGGCUGUAGAAGACAGAGAGGCUAAACUAAGAAAGUAAGUCACAGUAUUGGAGGAAAAGCUAGUUUCAUCCUCUGAUGCAAUGGAAAAUGCAAGCCAUCAAGCCAGGUAGAAUCAUUGUCAAGAACAACUGAAUGUAGUCUCCAAGCAAAGGGAUGAAAGUGUGCUGCAGUUUUCUGCCUCUCAGGAAGAAGUAAAGCAGUAUGCUCUGUCACUGGCCAACCUGCAGAUGGUACUACAGCAUUUCCAACAAGAGGAAAAAGCUAUGUAUUCUGCUGAGCUAGAAAAGCAAAAACAUCUUAGAGCUGAAUGGAAGAAAAAGGAGGAACAUCUGGAAAGAAAAGUGUUAUCAUUACAGGAACAUUUGGAUAAAGCAAAUGCUGCAUUGGAUUCAGCAUCAAGACUUACAGAACAAAUUGAAGAACUUAAAAAACAAAAUGAGGUCCGACCAGAAAUGCUGGAUGAUGUACAAAAGAAACUGAUAAACUUAGCAAACACCUCAGAAGGAAAAGUGGACAAAGUCCUAAUGAGAAACCUCUUCAUUGGUCAUUUCCAGGCACCGAAAAAUCAGCGUCAUGAAGUGUUACGGUUGAUGGGGAGCAUCCUGGGUGUGAGAAGGGAGGAGAUGGAGCAGUUGUUUCAUGACAAUCAGGGCGGUGUUACCAGGUGGUUGACUGGGUGGCUUGGAGGAGUAUCAGAAAGUGUUCCCAACACACCUUUGAAAUCAAAUUAGCAAUCUGUGCUUCAUAGUUCUUUUUCAGAACUUUUUGUCAAAUUUCUAGAAACAUCUCCUUCAUCUGUUCUACCACCAGAGCCUUCUGUUCAUGAUAUGAAACCUCUAGAUUCACUGGGAAGGAGAACACUAGAUACAAAUGCACCAGAAAGCUUUAAAGAUACAGCAGAAUCCAGGUCUGGUAAAAGAACAGAUGUCAAUCCAUUUUUAGCUCCUGGCUCAGCAGCUGUGCCUCUUAUUAACCCAGCUGGACUUGGACUUGGACCUGGUGAGCCCCGACAUCACCUUUUGAAACCCAUCUCAGAUGUUUGGCCCACAUUUGCACCUUUGCCAGUGUUACCUGAUAACAGUGCUGGAGUUGCGUUGAAAGACCUUUUAAAGCAAUAGAGGAUUCAGCCAGAGACAAUCUAGCACUUCAAAUAAACCAUGAACACUAUAUGUAUGUACUUUAUCACAAAAUGGCCUUUUGCAAAAAGUCAUGUAUUUGUUUGUAGUUUUACU